AUGGUAACUCUGGGUGGUGUUCUUGGUAACCAUGGUGACUCUGGGUGGUGUAUUAUCGUGGAACUUUUUGAAAUGGGUGGUGUUUAUCGUGGUAACCGUGUAACUCUGGAUGGUGUAUCGUGUAACCGUGAUAUCUCUGGUGGUGUAUCAUUAACCGUGGUAACUCUGCAGGUGGAGGCGCUGCAGGUGGAGAUCUCAGAGCUGGCUAAGAGGCUUCGAUACGAAGUGUCGGUCCGAGCAAGAGAGAGGAGCUGGACUGAGAAACAGAGCAGGUAAAUAAUUCAGAAGAACCUGCGGAGGAUCGUUUCUCAGCUUUAUGUCAGAGAGAACUGUCACCCCUUCAAGCCAGCCUGCUGAUCCUGGGUUCAGCUGCCCCUGUGGAUCAGGCCUCUCCCUGGCCCUCCGGACCUCCACCCUGGAUCAGUCAGCUCUGCAUGCUGACUGGCAGCAGGGGCGCUCUCUGGUUUCCUGAUCUCACUGUACCGGACUCUACCUGGAUCCUGACCGCUCGUCCUCGGACUCACCCAACCUGAUCAUCGUAGAGGUGUUUUCUCUGCAGAGGGGUGAACCCCUCUCGUCUUCAGAGGAUUGUAACGAGACGUAUCCGAGGGUUCUCGUUUGAUGAGUUCCCCAUCGCUCUACAGUUCCCUCUGUGAGUAA